AUGGCUUCAGGAAUCCUGAUGAGCAUACAAGAGGAAGUGACCUGCCCCAUUUGCCUGGAGCUUCUGACAGAACCCCUGAGCCUUGACUGUGGCCACACCUUCUGUCAAGCCUGCAUCACUGCAAACAACGAGGAAUCCAUAGUUGGCCAAGAGGGGCACAAAAGCUGCCCUGUAUGCAGAGUUAGUUUUGAGCCUGGGAACCUGCGGCCUAACAGGCAUGUGGCCAAUAUAGUGCAGAGGCUCCGAGAGGUUAAGGUGAGCCCAGAGGUGGAACAAGAGAGAAAUCUCUGUGCUCACCAUGGAGAGAAGCUCCAGCUCUUCUGUGAGCAGGAUGGGAAGGUCAUUUGUUGGCUCUGCGAGCGAUCUCAGGAGCACCGAGGUCACAACACAUUCCUCAUGGAGGAGAUUAUACCACAGUACCAGAAAAUGCUCCAAUCAUGUCUGCAGAGGCUGAAUGGGAAAAAACAGGAAGCUGAGGAGUUGGAAAUUAAAGUCAGAGAAGAGAUGUCUACUUGGAAGACUCAAAUACAAACUGAGAUACAAAGUGUCCAGGGAGAGUUUACAAAACUAAGACAAAUCCUGGACAGUGAGGAGGCGAAAGAACUGAGAAAACUGAAGGAUGAGUUGGGAGUUAUUCUCAAAGAGCUGGAAGAAUCUGAGAAUGAUCUGGUCCAAGAGAAGCUGUUGGUGAGCAGUCACAUCUCAGAUGUGGAGCACCGUUUGCAGGGAUCAACAAUGGAGCUGCUGCAGGAUGUGAAUGUUAUCCUGAAAAGCAGUGAAACCGUGGCUCUGAAGAAGCCAAAAUCUUUCCCCAAGGAACAGAGGAGAGUGUUUCGAGCUCCUGAUCUGAGAGAGAUACUGCGUGUGUUUAAUGAUCAGGUGACCCCGAAUUCUCCCAAGAGUGCAAAUGUCAUUUCUCCGGAUCAGAGACAAGUAGGAUAUGCAUCCAGUUGCCAACCCUAUGUUGCAUCCCGCUGCCAACUGUCUGAUGAUUUUGAUGUCCUGGGCUCCCCAGUUAUCACAUCAGACAGACAUUACUAAAAGGUAGACGUGUCACAGAAAAGUGCCUGGAUCAUGGGGAUGCUGAUCCUGCAGAUAUGUGGUGAAAAAUGUGAAGAUAUCAUGAAGUUACCAUUAGAACUUGGAAAUUGUGAGAAUGGAAAUUUUCAAAAUGUUUAUUCAAGAUAUGAACCUAAAAAGGGAAAUUGUGGAAAUUGGCAAAAGAUUUCUUCAAUUUAUCAACCUAAAAAUGGCUAUUGGGUCAUAGGGUUAAAACAUGAUUCUGUAUAUAAUGCCUUUGAGUCCUCCUCAACUCCUGGGAUUUUAACCCUCUCCCUGAGUGUUUCUCCUCAUUGUGUUGGGGUUUUCCUAGACUACAAGGCUCGCACUGUCUUAUUUCUCAAUGUCACCAACCAUGGGUUUCCCAUUUAUAAAUUCUCUUCAUGUUCCUUUCCUCAGAAAAUAGUUCCAUAUUUCAAUCCUAUGCACUGUGGCCCCAUGACUGUGUGCUCACCAAGCUGUUGA